UCCCCCCCCAUCUCUCAUCCCCUCGACCCUCUUCCCCCCUCAUACCCAGCUUACUCUUCAGCCUGACCUCCAGUGUCGCUCCUCUCCUCUCCCGCUGGGCCAAGCAACAUUUAAGCAAGAUGGCUCUAGACCCCCGAGUUCUGCUCCAACGAGCCGACAAGGCGCUCAGCAGCGCUUCUGGCGGAUUUAGCUUCUUCGGCGGAAAGACGGAGAAGUAUGAGAACGCUGCCGAUCUCUAUACACAGGCUGCGAACGCCUUCCGGAUUCAGAAGCAAAACAAGGAAGCCGGUAUCGCCUUCGAAAAGGCUGCCACCAUCCAAACGCAGAACCUCAAUGAACCCGACGAUGCAGCCAACACCCUGACCGAGGCCUUCAAGGUCUACCGUAAAUCCGACCCCGAGGACGCCGCUCGCGUGCUCUCCAGCGCCAUUCAACAUUACGUCCUGAAGGGCAACCUCCGUCGAGCCGCCACGCAGCAGCAACAUCUGGCUGAGGUGUACGAGGUGGAGCUGGGUGAUACGAAGAAGGCCCUGGAGGCCUACGAGAAGGCGGCGGAGUGGUUUGACGGUGACAAUGCUGAAGCCCUCGCAAACAAGCACUACCUCAAGGCUGCGGACCUGGCCGCCCUCGAAGGCGACUACUACAAGGCUAUUGAGCACUACGAGCGGAUCGGCCGCUCAUCCAUCAACAACAACCUGAUGAAGUGGUCCGUCAAAGAUUACUUCCUCAAGGCCGGUAUUUGCCAUCUGGCCACGAAUGAUUUGGUCGCUGCCAACCGUGCCCUCGAAAACUACCGCGACAUCGACACAACUUUUGCCUCCACAAGAGAGCACCAGCUCCUCGUCGACUUGGUGCAAGCCAUCGAGGGUGGUGACCAGGAAGCCUUCGCCGAUAAGCUGUUCCAGUUCGACCAGCUCAGCAAGUUGGACAAAUGGAAGACCACUCUGCUUUUGCGAAUCAAGAGCAAUAUCGAGGAGCAGACGGAGGACUUCUCUUAGAUUCCCCUUUUUUGUUUUCAUCAGUCUGCGUUUGUAUCUGUCUGAUUUAGUAAUACUUGAACGUCGAUAGGCAAGGCAGAAUCAUCUGCUGCUUGCUGUUCCAUCCAUCGUUUUUAUCUUGGCUGGUUCCAUGUUAGAUGGAUGCUACUGUCAUGGUUCUUGUCGUUCUGGGAGCUGUCGCAUGGUAGCUGCCUUGCUUUUGUACAGAGAUAUAUGGGUGUUGUUACUUGCCUGGACCCUUAGUAUCCUACCUUUCAUCUGACUCAUCAGGACGUGGGUUCCUACCUAGUGAUGUCGAUGUAUAUGAAUGAGCAAAAGUAUCAUUCUGGUGACAUGACCAAAAGUACGAGUAAAGCAGAUUACCGACAUUAUUCACGGGGCAAUUGACUGGCUAUCUUGAUCCUGGUCCCGGAAAACAAGUUCGUCGUAUUUAAUUAUAUCCGUGAAAG